AUGUCUCGACAGUCGAUGCAGCCCCAGAGGCCACUAUCUCUCACGGAGGAACUUGAGAAAUUGGAGCAGUCUAUCACUCUUACACUUCAAGAGAUCGAUCAUAAUUUUAGCCAGGCCCAUCGAAUCGUCACAACAAGUAUUCUCCCUCUUGUUGAACAGUACACGGAACAUUCUCGCGAUGUCUGGGAUGGUGCGAAGUUUUGGAAACAAUUCUUCGAAGCCAGUGCCAAUGUGUCACUCUCUGGUUAUGAGGAAAAGUCGAACGAUGAUGAUACAGUCCAAGAGCCUACAGUUCCAGAGGAAGAGCUUUCUGUGGACGUGACCCAAAACACUGUUGAUGAAACAGAUCAAUCCUACGAAACUCCCUCCUCCCAACGCCAUGAUCUGCAACACGGCCAUGGAGAUGAUGUUGACCUUACGUCUCUCACAAUAUCUUCCCACAGCACACCUCGUGCACCUGCCCAACAAACAGAGGAGGACAUCACCAUUUCCUCCCUUGAACAUUCGUCUUCAUAUGAAAACUUGAGAAAGCAGAUCAAUGAGGCUCAAGCUCCGUUUGAUAUGCCGAAUUCAUCGACUCUCCCGUCUACACCAGGGCGCCAGCCUUUCUUCCCAGCCGAUAUCUCCGCAACCCCAAUGUCCUCUCCAUUUGUCCCUCCCGCCUCAGCGAAAUAUUUGUCGGCAUCGCGCGGAGACGCCCAAUACCAGAAUUCCUCUGACCCAGUGCUCCACCGUGUGUUAGACAAGACAUAUCGAGUGCAGGCAACCCCUUUGGGCAAAGGAUAUCGAAAUGUGGGAGGAAACAUGCAAUCCAAAUUCACCGUCACGCCAAAAGCCGCCGCUUCCUCUUCUCGGUAUGCAUUUGACGACUCCCCAAUGUCGAGUCCGGAGCCGGAGGCACCUCAGAUGCACUCUGAGAUUUUCUCGUCUCCAAUCAAAGGCGUUAAUGUGACCCCUGGGACGAACCGUAAACGUCGUACUAGUAGUAACCGUGUUCGGGGCACUCCAAAGCCUGGCAUGAGCGUCUUGACCCCCGCUAAGAAGUAUGGUGGUCACCAAGCUGUUUGGGACAGCGAUGAUGAUCUGGAUGAUGAAAAUAUGGGGCCUAGUCCGCCAAAGACGAUGCAAUUCCAUAUUCCACAGAGCCGACUUAUGAAGACACCUGCCAAGGAAGCUUCAAAGCGUAUCGUCACCGAUCUGCUGCUCACCGCCGGAGCGGGAGACCUCACCGAUGAAAUUGGAGGUGACCAAAGUCCGAGUGUUAUACGAAGAGUUGAACACCUUGAGGAUGAUACUUUCUGA